AAUGUCUUUGUCUUUACCUGUCUGUCUGACUGCCGUGAAACAGUCACUGUUUCUACUGACAACGAAAAUUACCACAGGUGGCAAUCGUCACUGGCAGAGAGCAGAGGCUUCUGGGCGGAAGACGGACUCUCUGGAGGUGGAAAUGACAUCCUACGUGCUGCUGGCGCUGCUCUCAGGCCCCUCCAUGCCAGGCUUUGGGCUGGACUACUCCACCGCCAUCGUCCGCUGGCUGGCCCAGCAGCAGAACCCCUACGGAGGUUUUGCUUCCACACAGGACACAGUGGUAGCACUGCAAGCCCUGGCCAAGUACGGUGCUGCCACCUUCAGUCCAGAGGGCGCCAGUGCAGUCAGUGUGAGCUCUGCCGGAGGCCUGAAUAUGGAGUUCACUGUGAAUCAGAACAACAGGCUGCUCUAUCAGGAGGAGCAGCUGAAUGAGGUCCCUGGGGACUACAACAUCAAGGCACAGGGCAAGAGCUGCGUGUUUGUGCAGAUCGCCAUGCACUACAAUAUUCCCCCUCCUCCUGAUUUCUCUACUUUUAACAUCUCAACAGAGACACUGGGGAAAUGCGACGGCACCAAGAAAUCUCUGAUUGUGUCUGUGGAUGUAAGGUACAACGGUCGGCGAGAGGAGACCAACAUGGUGAUCAUCAAUGUCAAGCUUCUCUCCGGCUUCGUCCUGGACAAGUCCUCCCUCAGGCCUUUGAAAAAUGACCCCACUGUCAAGCGAGUUGACCUGGAGGAAGGACAUGUCAUAAUCUACCUAGAUGGGCUGAAGCAGAAGGAAACUAAGACGUACAGCCUGGCCAUAGAGGAGGAUGUGCCUGUGAGGAAUCUGAAACCAGCUGUGGUGAAAGUGUAUGACUACUACCAGACAAGUGAUGAAGCUGUGAGUGAAUACAGCUCCCCAUGUGCAGAGAGUGAUGAAAUCAAUGAAGUGUGACAGACAGAGAGCCAAUCACAAGCUGACUGGACCCGGGCUCAACCAAGUGCUUUCAUACGUAGGAAUGUUUUUUUAGGCAGAGCUCAUGAAUUUUCUCAAUUUAUUUAAUUUGAUGCUUAUAGUUCAUGGUAACACAUUGACCACAUUGACAAACUCAUCAACCAUUUUUAAUAUUGUAAGUGAACACAUUUUUUCUUAUGUCAAUUUGAAAAGGUGGGCAGAGAUGGGCUGUAGGAUUUUACCUUUUAACUGUGUUUAUUUUGUUUUGUUACUUUGAUUUGUGCUAACAUGUCACAACCUGCUGUUGUAACCCUACAACUGCUAUUACUAAAGUGAUUAUGUGAGAUCGUUAUUUCAAAAGUAGCA